AUGAGAGCUGCAAACACAGCAGUUAAAAGAGUUCGUCAUGCUAUACCAACUGUGAAGGAUAUUUCUAUCGAUCUCAAUGGUGCUACAGUGUUUUCAAAACUUGACUUAGCGCAAGCUUACCACCAGCUUGAACUUAGUCCAAGUAGUCGUCUGAAUUUUGGAACUUCAAGUGCGAGUGAAAUUUUUCAGCACACAUUACAGCUUGCCCUUCAAGGACUUAAUGGCGUCAAAAACAUCGCCGAUGACAUCAUAAUUUUUGGAAAAGAUGUGAACGAACACAAUGAAAACCUAAAUGCAUGUUUAAGACGAUUGAAAGAACUUAACCUUACCUUGAACUUCGAAAAGUGUAAAUUUUUAAAAGAGAAUCUUGAAUUUUUUGGAUUUAUCUUUUCUAAAGAAGGAAAGCGCCCUGACCCGAAGAAAAUAGCAGCGUUUGUAAAUGCAGCCACGCCCACUACUUCCACGGAGGUACGCAGUCUAUUGGGUAUGUCAAACUAUUGCUCUCAAUUUGUACCCGAUUAUGCAACGAUUACAGAGCCUUUACGCAAUCUAACAAAGAAAAACGCUCAGUUUAAUUGGACAGAACGUUGUGAAGAGGCUUUCAACACGUUAAAAGAUGUUCUCACGUCGAGUCCUGUCGUCAGCUACUUUGACAUCGAAAAGAAAACUACAGUUAUUGUUGACGCGAGUGCAGUCGGACUAUCAGCCAUUUUGUGCCAACAAAAGCCUGGAAGUGCGCAAGAAAACAUUGUCGCUUUUGCAAGUAGAUCAUUAUCACCUGUCAAGCUACGCUACUCGCAAACAGAAAAGGAGGCACUCGCCAUAGUAUGGGGGAUUGAACACUAUCAUUUAUAUCUAUUUGGUUCCAAAUUCACGUUAGUUACCGACCAUAAACCGUUGGAAAUCAUCUAUGCAAACCCUUGCUCCAAACCACCAGCCCGUAUCGAACGCUGGAUGCUGCGCUUACAACAAUACGACUUUGAAGUUGUGUAUAAAUCAGGGAUUGGAAACCCUGCCGAUUAUCUCUCACGCCAUCCAACUUCAGCUGAAUACAAGAAGCAAAAUAUAGCUGAUGAAUACGUCAAUUUCGUCACCCAAGAAGCUGUUUUUCCUGCUCUUUCUUUGGGUGAAAUCAAGGCUGCCACUGAUAAAGAUACAACAUUGCGGUGUCUACGAGCAGCUAUCAGGAGUAAUUGUUGGAAUGUUGAUAUCUUACAACCAUUUCGCGCGAUAAAACAUGAGAUAUCCGUUGAUCUCACCAACAAUAUUCUGCUGAGGGGAACUAGAAUCAUUAUACCUGAGUCACUUCAAAGACACGUCAUCAAAAUCGCCCAUGAAGGACAUCAAGGUACAGCUAAAACCAAAGCACUUCUUCGCGAGUACGUGUGGUUUCCUAAGCUCGAAAACUUAGUUAAUGAAGAGAUAGCCGACUGUUUAGCAUGCCAAGCUACAGGUGCUCCAAAUGCACAAGAACCACUCAAGUCACCACCUUUGCCCGAAAGACCAUGGCAAGAACUUAAAGUUGAUUUUUAUGGACCAUUGCCAACAGGACAGUAUCUGUUUGUCGUUAUUGAUACAUAUUCGCGAUUUCCAGAGGUCGAUAUUGUUCCGUCAACAUCAGCAAGUGCAAUCAUUCCAAAUCUGGAUGCUAUUUUUGCAAGUCAUGGUAUGCCUGAUAAAUUGAAGUCUGAUAACGGCCCACCAUUUUUCGGAAAUGAAUUUCACCGGUACAUGAAAGCAUUAGGUAUACGUCACACAACAUCUACGCCUUUAUGGCCACAAGGAAACUCUGAAGUGGAAUCUUUCAUGAAACCCCUUGGAAGGUCGAUUUGCACUGCCAUUCUUGAAAAACCACAAUGGCAACAAGAGCUUCACAAAUUCCUUUUGAAUUACAGAAUCACACCACAUACCACAACAAAAGUUCCGCCAGCACAGUUAUUAUACAAUCGACCUGUUAUAGGAAAGCUGCCCAUGCUACCAAGAAAGCUCAAGAACAUAAACAGACAUCGUGAAGCAAGAGAGAAUGAUCAGCUAAGAAAGGGAAAUGCGAUGAACUAUGCUAAUAAACGCAGAAACACGAAAGAAUGCGAUAUAAAAGUAGGUGACCUGGUUAUCUGUGUGCAAAAGAAAACGAACAAGUUCUCAUCUAGAUUUAACGUGCAACCUUACAAAGUCGUUCGUGUUCAUGGAUCAAAGGUUGUUGCUAGACACGGAGAUCAUUUCAUUUCCCGUAACUCUUCAUUCUUCAAAAAGGUCCAACAAAGACUUGACGGUAACAUUGCUGCUGCUGCUGAUGAUGAUGAUAAUGUCGAAUAUCACAAAAGAGCCACAGAAGAAAUUCCUGUUCGUCGAUCUGCACGCAGUCGUAUACAGACACAGUUUUAUGGAGAUCCAAUAAACUCUCGAUUAAUACGUUGA